AAAUACAAAAGUCCAUACUUUUGUCUAAUUAAGUAGUUAAACUUAUAACAAUGGAUUCCUGCAAUUACAAAGAGGUGAAAAGUGUUGAGAUUGUGGAAGAGGAGGACGAGUCAACUAAAUCGAUUUUAAAACAGAUCCUAAUAAGCAGUGCAGUAUGGGCGCAGUUUUUCAUGGGCGGAAUGUGCGUCGGAGCGCCCACGGUUUUCAUUCCACAAAUAAGGAAGGAAGCCAACUCGACUGAGAUCAUUGAUGAAGAGAUGGGCUCUUGGUUGUUUUCAACCAGCGGCUUCUCCAUGUACCCCUGGCUGGUCAUCCUACCACUCUUCACCAAACGCUACGGUCGAAAGCUUCCUCAAAUCAUCACCGCGAUCAGUUCCAUGGUCAUCUUCAUCAUCCUCUACUACAGCCAAAGUGUUAUUCAGAUCCUCAUAUCGGAAGUCCUUCAAGGGUUCCUGUACGCUGGGAACGUAACAGUUAGAAUACUUAUAGUAACAGACUAUACAUCCCCUAAAUAUCGAGGAAUAUUCUUAGCUAUAAAAUCUGCUAGUUUUUUCUGGGGUAUUUGGGUUGCGAACGCUAUAGGCACGUUUUUUCAUUGGAAAAACAUAGCAAUUCUUGGAUUCAUAUGUGCAGUUUAUACAUUAAAUGUACUUUUAUGGCCCGAAUCCCCAUUUUGGUUAGCGAGUAAAGGAAGGUUUGAUGAAUGCAGGAAAUCAUUUAGAUGGAUUCACGGUGUUAACGCGAAAUCUGAGCGCGAGUUAAAAGAAUUAAUCAAAGUGCAGACUGAAAGAAUUAGAUUGGAGAAUGAGUAUGGUAAAAUGGGGUUUAUAGAAAUGGUUAAAAGCAGCGAAUUUUAUAAGCCCCUGUCAUUAUCUGCUGUUGCAAUAAUACAGUAUCAUUUUUCUGGUAAAGUAGUAAUCAGUUUAUAUAUAUUGGAUAUAUUUAAGAAUAUAACUGCCGAUGAAUGGUCGGCGUAUAUGGCUAUGUUAAUUUUGGAUGGUGUAACAGUUUUCGGGAUGUAUGUGGGGUCAUUUUUGUCCCGAAUUUUAAAACGUCGUACGUUAUAUAUGUCAUGUUCUUUUACUGGUAUAGCAUUUUUGUGUACGAUCUCUUGUUAUUUGUUUUUGGUUAGAUUAAACGUUUUGGGUGAGAAUCAUUUUGUCACUAUUGCGUUGCUGUGUUUAUAUUCCAUAUCGAUUAGUUGUGGUCCAUUAAUAUUGUCAAUAUCUUUGUAUGGGGAAUUGAUACCACAGAAAUUUCAAGCGAUUUCUUAUACUUUAGUUUCUUUGAUAUUUGGAAGUUUCUAUUCCACACUUAUCAAGGUUUCUCCAAGUAUCUUCAGGACUUUUGGUAUUGAUGGCACAUUUUUGUUCUACGCUAUAACGUGUGGGUUUUGUACUGUUUAUCUUUAUUUAUAUUUGCCUGAAACUAAGAAUAAAACUCAGCAAGAAAUAGAAGCUUGUUUCAAAAAUAAGGAUGAAGUCAUUCAAAACGAUAAUACCUCAGUAGUUUUACUUACCAAUAAGGCGUAAAGUAAGUUUAGUUUAACAGGGCUCUCUCGGUCACUAGUUUCAUGCAAUCGUAGU